UGGGGGAGAUCUGAACUCAAAAAAUUACGUACGAGAAAAGCAGACGGUUACACAUCUAACAACGAGAAUUUGUCUCCUCGUGUGCAAGCUCCAAAUUCACCAUCUCUAUUUAGCUUCCUUCAAUGUUUCACCACCUCAAAGUUAUCUGGAUCAUCAACGAGCACUAUCUUCCCAGAUUGA